UUCAAUGUAAUAUUCAACCAACUAAAUGCGGAAGCUUUACAUGGUAUAGUCAGAUAUGAUAUAGUCGCUUAUUACGUUGCAUCAUCAAUUGUAUCUUAACUACUUCCUUGUACAACCCAUUAUUAUACUUAGGCGUAAUAUACUAGUACACAAAGGUGUGAUUAUGCAGUAUAUAAGAGAGAUAUCUGUUUUAUUCAUAAAUUCCUUUCCAGAAUAAGCUUUAAUAUACGCUACGUACGCAUAGCAAAAUUGAAAUGCAUUUGAUUUCCAAGUAAUCGGAAGUUAACAUAACUCAACUUGUGACAUUAUCAUAAGACAUCAUAAAAUUUGUAAAGGAAGCAUCUUUACAAAACUUUAUUUGUGGCUUAUUUUUUAAAUAAUACGUGCUAAGAUUCUAAUAGUUUUGCUUUUAUAUCAAGCAAACACAAAAUAUUCUCAGACAUUAAAAAAACCAAUAUAGAAAAUACACACAUAUAUAUACACAACUAAAAUUAAUCAUAGAAUAGAGAUAAAGCUUAGAGAUAAAGUUUUGAGAAAUAGAAUUUCCAUGGCGACAUACAUACAAUAUAUGUAUAACAAUCAUAUCAGGACAGCAUCGAAAAUUACACCAAUCAGAGCCAUAUUUUUCAUGAAGAUUAGUGUGGCAUUGAUGUGUGCCUGGCCACCACCAUUAAAAACAAAGCAAUUUAUCGUUAUUUUGUUUAAAGCUUGUUGGUAUAUGUGUUACUUAAGCUGUAUUUUACUGUUACUCCCAUUGCUAAACUCAAUUUAUCAAGAUCGUAAUGAUCCCAUAAUUUUAGCAAAAUCAGUUUGUCUUUCAUGCGCCGUUCUUCAAGUUACAAUCAAGAUGAUGGUUUUUCGUUUCCGGUAUACUGACUUUCAAACGAUCUGAAGUAAUGUCUUAAGAUGCUAAUACGACUGACCACUCUAGGCUCAAAUUUACUAUUGAAAAGGAAAGUAAUUAUUGUUUGAAUUUUUUGGAUACCACGAUUAUUAAAGAGAAUGGAAAAUUAAUUACAAAUUGGUAUCAAAAACCGACGUUUUCAGGUACUUUAUUACGAAAUGGAGAUGUUUUGUAAACAAGCAGAUGAUAAAACAUAUGAAACAUUACAACGUUACGUUGAUAAUAACAAAUAUGUUUAUGGAAUUUAUUGUCUAUGGAGUUAUCUAACUACUACGUUUGUUAUUUGUGGGCCAUUAAUAUUUCCACAACAAGAGUUUCCAACGGACGCUAAGUAUCCAUUUUCCGUAGAAGAGCAUCCAGUCAAGAGCAUGAUUUAUCUGCAUCAAUCAGUAGUUGGCUUACAGGCAGCAGCUGGAAUGUGCAUGGAUUGCAACAUCGCAAUGUUUUUAUUUUAUUCUGCAGCAAGAUUAGAAAUAUUGGCUCAAAAAAUGUGUAAUGUCAUGGAUGAACAUGAACUUAAUAAAUGCAUCAAACUACAUAAUGAAAUAUUAAGAUACACAAGAAAAGUAACUACUCUGAUACGACCUUUGAUUUUCGCUACAAUAUCGAUGACAACUAUAGGUGUUGUUUUUGGGAGUUUAAAUAUGGUUACGGAUCAACCAAUAAUGGUCAAGGUCCAAUAUGCCAUUGUAAUAGUAACCGCCAGCGUGGAACUCCUUAUUUGUGCUUUACCAGCUGAUAAUUUAAUGCACAUGAGUACCAACAUUUGCUUCGCAGCGUAUGAAUCGUUAUGGUUCCAAGGAAAUGUGAGCAUGCAGAAGAAAAUUCUACAGAUUAUUUUCAGAUCACAGAAAUCUGAAGUUAUUAGCAUUAAUGGCAUUCUUCCAGCUUUGUCAUUACGUUACUAUGCAGGGUUUUUAUAUACAUCCUGUUCUUAUUUUACUGCGAUACGUAUUAUGGUCAACGAAAAUCUUAUAGAAUAACGAGAACGAAGAACUAUUCUUUGGAAUACAGCGGAAUACGUAUGAUAUAUAUAUAUAUAUAUAUAUAUAUAUAAAUUGGAUAAAUGUUGAUGUUAAAUAUGAUAAUCUUAUUAGAAUUAUUAUAUAUAAUAAUGAUUUAAUAAUGCUUUUUGUGUGAGUACUAAAUACAAUGUUGUUAUUAUUUA